GAGUUAUUAUUACUUCCUAGAAGAACCUCUCAUCUUCUUCUCCCUUCUCCAAAAGACUCUCUUUCUGUAAGAAAAAAGCUUAAACCUUUCUGUGUUUCUUUCUUUAACCAUGGCCGUUAAUUCCAAAAGGGUCAGCUUCUUGCUUGCUCUGUUAACGACGCUGGCGGCGGUUCUCACUCCUUCACUAGUCUCCGGCGAAAAUGGGUUCUCCGAUCUUAGAAUCCGUACACACUUGAAACGACUCAACAAGCCACCUCUCAAAUCCAUAAAGAGUCCAGAUGGAGAUGUGAUCGAUUGUGUCCCAAUCACUGACCAACCAGCUUUAGAUCAUCCUCUGCUCAUUAACCACACUGUCCAGAUGUGGCCAAGUUUCAAUCCAGAGAGUGUCUUUAGUGAGAGUAAAGUUUCAUCCAAGAAACAGCAGUCUAAUGCUAUAACUCAGCUUUGGCAUGUAAACGGGAAAUGCCCAGAGAACACGAUACCCAUCAGAAGAACGAGGAAGCAAGAUCUUUAUAGAGCAAACUCGGUCGAGAAGUUCGGUAUGAAGAAUCAGAAAAGUAUUCCUAAGGCUAAAUCUUAUGAGCCAGCUAGUGUCCUAACCCAAAACGGUCAUCAGCACGCGAUUAUGUAUGUGGAAGAUGGGGUUUUCUACGGGGCUAAAGCGAAGAUUAAUGUAUGGAAUCCGGAUGUGGAGAUGCCUAAUGAGUUUAGCUUAGCUCAGAUUUGGGUUUUGGGUGGAAACUUCAACUCUGAUCUUAAUAGUAUUGAAGCUGGCUGGCAGGUCAGUCCACAGUUGUAUGGUGAUCAUCGCACCAGGCUCUUCACUUAUUGGACUAGUGAUGCAUACCAAGGAACAGGCUGCUAUAAUCUUCUGUGCUCAGGGUUUGUUCAAAUCAACAGGGAGAUCGCAAUGGGUGGUUCAAUCUCACCUCUAUCUAGCAAUGGAAACUCUCAGUAUGACAUUACCAUACUUAUCUGGAAGGACCCAAAAGAAGGACAUUGGUGGUUACAAUUUGGAGAGAAGUACAUAAUAGGAUACUGGCCAGCUUCACUCUUCUCUUACUUAUCAGAAAGUGCAUCGAUGAUCGAAUGGGGAGGUGAAGUAGUUAACUCGCAGUCAGAAGAAGGACAACACACUACCACUCAGAUGGGAAGUGGUCGGUUCGCAGAGGAAGGUUGGGGCAAAGCUAGUUACUUCAAGAACGUUCAAGUAGUAGAUGGAUCAAAUGAACUGAGGAACCCUGAGAAUCUUCAAGUCUUUACUGAUCAAGAGAACUGUUACAAUGUGAAGAGUGGUGACGGAGGUUCUUGGGGAAGUCACUUCUACUAUGGUGGUCCUGGUAGAAACCCUAAUUGCCCUUAA